CACUCCGUAUGAGCGGCUAGGCUAACUGUAUCAGCUGUAUACUUGGUUGCUUCCGCCAAUGUAAACAUGUAGCCGGUUUUUCGAUUUAAUCCAAGUGCUGGUAGGCGGUUGUUAACCUGUUUGUCAGUGGUCCCAGCAAUGAUGGCUGUGUUCCUAAAAAUAGCCGUUAUGGAACCAGGGCAGUGUAGCACGAGCUUAGUAAAUAGCUAACACUGAAUAGCUAGUUAUCUACCAGGCCGUGUUUUCAUGGGGCUAGCAUUGCUAAUUAAACAGUUUUCAUUGACAGCCACGCAAGGCUAAAUCGGAGUUAGCAAAAACUAGGGAGAAUGGAAAGUAGUGCUAUCUAACGAGGACGCAUCAAGACGUACAGACACCAUGAAGAAGUCUAGAAAUGUUGGAGCAUCGUCGCCAGUGAAUGGAAAGCAAGACUGGGACACCAGACGGAAGAGGAAAAUAGCGGAUAUCACACAGGCACUGAGUGUGAGUCCAGUGGACGUAGCAGCUCUGAGGAGGAUGGCUAUCAGUGAAGGAGGACUGCUGACCGAUGAGAUACGGUGCCAGGUUUGGCCUAAGCUCCUCAACGUCCCCCUUGAUGUCUUGAAUCAAGAGCCAGACACUGUAGACCGAGAAAAUAACAAAGACUACAACCAGGUGUUGCUGGAUGUCCAGCGUUCACUACGGAGGUUCCCACCUGGUGAGUGACCAAUCUACGGCCAA